UAUGUGAACAAAGAUCUAUUGCGACACGAUUUUUUGUUUCAAAAUGUCGAUCACGGAAAAGAACAAAGUUUACGAGAAAGUGCCAGUUAAUGAUGUGAUAAGUGAAAGUGAAGGAACCCAUGUACCCUCUUACGGCUAUGGAAUCCGUCAUGUCCAAGCCGUAAUUCUCUUUUUCUGCAUGUUGGUUGGUUAUAUGGCUAGAACCCACCUAGGAGUCACCAUAGUAGCGAUGACCAGUGCCAUUGCUCAUGAAAAAUCUACAUUAAAUAUGACAGUCAUGGAAGCAAAUGGAACAGGACUUAAUAUAACUGAUGCUUUUGAUUUUAAUACCACUAACGGUGGUAAUGAAAUAAAUGUUUUUAACAGUAGUAAAGAAGGCAGUAUAUGGGAUGUUUAUCGGACGUACGACUGGUCAAAACCUAUACAUGAUUUGAUCUUAGGUGCUUUCUUCGUUGGGUAUUGCAUCGCCAUGUUUCCCACCGGCAUGAUCUGUCAACGUUUUGGCGGGAAGCUGCCACUUCAGAUAAGUCUGCUGAUAAACGGAAUCGUAACUUUAGCGACUCCGUCCGUUGCUGUUUGGGGUGGCUGGAAGGCCGUGUAUUGUUGUCGAGUCCUCCAAGGGUUAAGCCAAGCUGGUCUAUACCCAAGUGCUCACUGCCUUCUAGCCAAAUGGGUCCCUGUCAGUGAAAAGGCCACUAUUAGCAGUUUUGUAUACACUGGAACCCUAAUAGGCACAGUGAUUGCCUUUCAAAUAGCAGGGUUACUGGCCAGUACUGCAGCCGGGUGGCCGAGUACCUUCUGGAUCAUAGGCGCCUUGUGUAUAGCGACUUGUCUAAUGUUAACCAUCUUUGGAGCUGCCAGCCCUGAUCUUCACAAGACCAUCAGCGAGGAUGAGAAAAACUACAUUUUAGGCAAGAUUGAUGAUGGCGUAAAGAAAAAGGCUGCCAAGGCACCCUGGAAACGUAUCUUCACAUCGAUACCCGUCUGGUCUAUAUUCGUUACUCACACUUCGGCCGGGAUUUGUUUCGUCUUUCUUUUUACUCAAAUACCAUCAUACAUGCAUUACAUACUCGGCUUUAACGUCAAGGAUAGUGGACUUCUAUCCUCACUGCCCUAUAUAGCGAGUUCUAUCGCCAAUAUUGGCUUCGGAGUCUUCUCCGACGUCUGCAUCAACAGGGGCUAUCUCUCAACUAAAAAUGCGCGUAAGGUGUGCAACAGUCUUGCGCAAUGGGGUCCAGCAGUGUGCCUGGUAUCAGUUUCUUUCACACACAACAGUGGACUAGCGGUGAUACUGUUAAUUAUGGCAGUAGGACUGUUUGCAGGCAUUCACUCUGGAUGGAUGGUUAACUACAUAGACCUGUCACCUAACUUCAGCGCUUCUUUGAUAGCCACUGGCAAUACCUUUUCAACAAUAGGCAUCACUUUUCUGCCCGUUCUUGUAUCUAACGUGGUCAUCGAUGUGUAUGAUCCGCAUCAGUGGCGCAUUGUCCUGUUCGUCAUGGCUACUAUUAUAUCCGUCUGCAAUGCAGUUUUUGUCCUCUUCAUGUCUGCAGAUAAGCAACCUUGGGACCAGAGCAAUGAUGAAGAAAACGUUGAAGCCGAAAAAUCUAUCGAGAUAACGUCAAUGGAAGAAAAACUGAAACCAAAUGGAAUAGGCCGGCUAGCAGGCAGGAUUAACUGUCAUACAAUUAAUUUUAUUAUUUGGAUAUUAGUAUUAAUUACUGACACAAUGAAGGAAAGUGAACGGGAAAGUGAAUAUCAAAAAGUGCCGACCAGAGAACUUAUUAAGGAUAUUAUUCCAGAGAUACCUCUGUCUUAUGGGUAUGGAAUUCGACAUUUACAAGUUGCACUCUUACUGUUCAGUUUGACAGUAGCAUAUUCGGCACGCGCACAUAUAGGUCUAACUGUUGUUGCAAUGUCUAAAACACCACGAAAUGCCAAUACCAUUAGUAAUUCUAGUGGUUUCAUAAAUGAAAGCAUUUACAAUAAUACAGUUGAUGUCAGUGACAUGAAAGAAGAAAACAAUAAUGGAACAAACUCAUUGAAAUCUGAAAUAAAUGGAACUGUUUCAAAACCAAGCAAGGAGAAUGAAACAUCUGAAAGUAUUUGGAAUGUUUAUAUGACUUAUGAGUGGCCAAAAUCAAUCCAAGAGUUGAUUUUAGACUCAUUUUUCUUAGGUUACUUUCUGAUGAUGUUUCCUAUGGGAAUGGUUGCCCAACGUUUUGGAGGGAAGAUACCUCUGCAAGUAUGCAUGCUAGUUAACGGAGUAGUUUCCCUUAUCACUCCCUCAGUGGCUGCAUGGGGAGGAUGGAAAGCAGUAUGCUGCUGCCGGGUGAUACAAGGACUAAGUCAAGCAGGAGUGUACCCUAGCAUCCAGACUGUACUGUCUAAAUGGGCGCCAGCAACUGAACGAGGCAGAUUUGCCAGCUAUAUAUAUUCAGGUUCGACAAUAGGCACAGUUAUAGCAUUCCAAUCAAGUGGAGCAUUGUCAUCUAGCAAGGCGGGAUGGCCUGCUACAUUUUGGUUGUUUGGAUCCGUGUGUAUUGCGGCCUUUAUUCUCCUGACUAUGUUUGCUGCUAGUUCCCCAACCGAACACAAAAAAAUAAGUGAUGAAGAGAAAACCUUCAUUUUAGGAAGAAUUGAUGAUGGUGUAAAAAAGAGGAUGAAAACUCCAUGGAAACAAAUUCUAACUUCAAAGCACGUAUGGGGAGCAUGUGCAGCACACGUAGCUUCUGGAGUUUGUUUCGUAUUUUUCAUCACUCAAACACCUACUUACAUGUUCUACAUACUCGGUUUUAACAUUAAAAACAGCGGCAUUUUGUCCUCCUUGCCCUAUAUCGCAAGUAUUAUGUUAUCUGCAGUCUACGGGGUUGUGUCCGACUAUUGUACCAACAGAGGCAUCGUCACUUUAAAGACAGCAAGGAUCACAUCCAACAGUAUUGCACAAAUUGUACCAGCGCUUUGCCUUGUGGCAGUGUCGUUCACUGAAAACAGUACAUUCGCCGUUAUUUUGCUGGUUCUUGGAGUUGGACUGCUUGCUGGCGUCCACGUCGGUUGGAUGUUAAACUACAUAGACCUGUCUCCAAACUUCAGUGGGUCUCUAAUGGCACUUGGAAACACACUGACAGCAUUCACUUCUCUCUCGCAGCCAAUAUUAAUCUCGAACAUCGUUACUGACGUGAGGAACCGCUUUCAGUGGCGUAUCAUGAUGUGUCUUAUGGCAACUAUCAUCUUCAUUACUAAUGGAGUAUUUGAUUGGUUUAUAUCAACGGAAAUUCAGCCUUGGGACCAAAUUGUUUCCAAAGAAACCAGUGACACGGACAAAGAUAAUCAAUAAUAACUGAUAAAAACAGUUUAUAA